AGUAAGACUGCUCGGUCCGCGAUGAUAAUGACUGCUAUUUUUUCGGAGCUUGAAAAGAAUCUUCUGAUUUGCUAUUAGCAGUGAAUCUAGUAAUAAAUUCGUGUUUUGUCAUUCUUUUGAUGUUUUAUUUAUUAGUGAUUUAAAUUAGACGUGAUGGUGAUGAGCAUAAAAAGAUGAGUGAUUAAACGAGAAAGAUGAAAUAAAUUUUCUGUCUUUAAAUUGUGAUCUAAUAGACGAGCUAAGUGUUUGACAUGAGAAUAUAAUAACAAUAAAAAUGAGGAAAAUUUCAAAAAAUUAAAGAGAAACAUUUAAGAUGAAAAUUCUCGGAAUCGGUUUGGAGAGUAAAUGGAAAGUUUUAUUUAAAUGUUUAUUUCUUGUAAGCCUUAGUUUACAACUUGUUGAAUGCCAUUCAAUUACCCUACUGGAUACUCCAAAAUUUAUGAAUGAAAAUGCGACGAUUUUUCAUCCAUUAAUAAGUCCAUCAAAGAAUUCAUUUACAAAUUUAUCAUUACUUUCGGACGUAGAACUUAAAGAUUUACCUUGGUGGUGUUCAUGCUCGGCUGAAUUGGAAGAAGUAGAGGAUGAAUCGGAAUGUCACUGUGAAGGUCCAAAAUUAUUGCUAAUUCCACAAGAUUUUAUCAAUAUAACAAGACUGUCCAUAGCAAACUCAAAGUUCAAAAUCCUGAGAGAAAGUGGUUUGAGGAAAUAUGCACCUUCAUUAAAGGACAUCAUUCUGAUGAGAUUGAAUGAAUUCUAUCAAAUUGAACCAGAAGCUUUCAAAAAUAUAAGACAUCUAAGGACAAUAUAUAUUUCACAUGCCCCUAGACUUCAAUUUAUUGCUGCAGAAACCUUUCGACAUGUUUCACAUUCUCUCAAAACACUUCGAAUCACUAACUCUGGCUUACGGGAAGUUCCUGACAUGAGAUUCCUUGUUAAUGGUGGAAUUCUUUCACAAAUAGACUUUGAGGGUAAUCAAAUUAGUGAAAUCUUUGAAAACUCAAUUCGUAUCAGUACCGAGCAGUUAAUCCUUGACAACAAUGUGCUGACAACGAUUCACAGGAGCAGUUUCAAUGGCUCACAAAUCGGAAAAUUAAGUCUGAAAGGAAAUACCAAAUUGUUCAAAUUACAUGAACUUGCAUUUGAAGGAAUUGAAUCUAUUCAGGAGCUGGAUUUAUCAAGUACAUCCAUACAGUUAUUACCAUCAAUUGGACUUGAUAAGCUUGAAGUACUUCGUAUACAAAAUACUCAAUCAUUAAAACAAAUUCCAUCGGUUUAUAUGUUCAAAAGUUUAGUGAAGGCAUGGCUAACUCACUCAUUCCAUUGCUGUGCAUUCAAGUUUCCACAACGACAUGAUCCGGAGAGCUUUAAAAGACAUCGAGCGCUUAUUGAUAAUUUCAAGAGUGAAUGCAAGGCUAAGGGAUAUUCUCAAUUAAACGAUGCUGAUCCAACGAGCUUUAAUAAUUAUGGAAACAGUAUUGGUACAAAUAUAGAUCGAAGAAGAAGGAGGAAGAGGCGGACCGUUGAGACUUAUAUCAUUGAAGAUGACGAAAGUAAUAUAACUUUUCCGUAUAGUUCAGAUUCAAACAGUCUUGAUGGAGAUGACAUAGACGGAUUAUUUCAUGAACCUUUAAAGUUCUCAAAUAGUUCACUUGAAGCUUUGUGCGGGAAUCUUAGUAUAGAUGUCAAGGAUGUUCAAUGUUAUCCCGUCCCCGAUGUGUUGAAUCCUUGUGAAGAUGUCAUGGGGAGUAGUUGGCUUAGAGCUUGUGUGUGGAUUGUUGUGUCAUUGGCAAUCAUUGGAAAUGUGGCAGUAUUGGUUGUGCUGUUAAUGAACCAGUCAGAAUUUACCGUACCAAAAUUUCUUAUGUGUAAUUUAGCAUUAGCAGAUUUCUGCAUGGGUAUUUACUUGAUGCUGAUUGCAUCCAUCGACCUACAUUCUAUGGGAGAAUAUUUUAAUUUUGCAUAUGAUUGGCAGUAUGGAAUUGGAUGUAAGACAGCAGGAUGGUUAACCGUUUUUGCAGGCAACUUAUCUGUAUUUACCCUUACAAUCAUAACUGUUGAACGUUGGUUUGCCAUAACACAUGCCAUUUAUUUAAACAAAAGAUUAAAGCACCGAAAAGCGUAUUGCAUCAUGAUUUGUGGAUGGCUGUACUCUAUUACAAUGGCAAUAAUGCCACUGUUUGGAAUUAGCAAUUAUUCAUCUACAAGGUAUGUUAAGCUUUCAAUGUCAUCACAGGAAGCUGUAGGUUCCCUAUUUAAUUAAGAGAACAUUUAUGCCUUGAUAAUAAUUCAUUGUCGCUAUCAUAAUUGAAUGAACUUCAUGCCACCCACAUUAACUUCAAGUAUGCAUUAUUCAAUUAGCAAGACUGGGAAAUGUAAGGAUGCACUUGAGGAUUGUUUAAAUAAAAUCAUUAGAGUAUUAUUUUCAACCCUUUGAACCGUUGAAGCUUUCAAUAUUUAUAAUAUCAGACUGCAUCUAAAGCACUUG